GGCGGCGUUUCCGGCCGCCGUUGCUGUCCAGGGAGGCUGAGGCCAGAGUGAGCUGUCCGGGUGGGGAGCCCGCAUUGCCUUCUUCCUUUUCCUCCUCCCCCGGGUGAGGGGAGCGAAGGUUGGGGCCCCGACCCCAUGGACCGGGAGGAGGCGGAGGCCGCCGAGAGCGGGGGCCCCGCUUUGUGGCCCUGAGCCCCGUGGACUGGUUCUGCCUGUCGGGAAGGCCAUGGAGAAGCUGGGAAUCAAGCCAAGCCGUGCUUCUUGGAUUUUAUCAGGAUUUUGUUGGCAGACAUCUGUGAAGUGGUUGAGAAGCUUGUACCUGUUUUAUAUUUGCUUCUGCUUCAGUGCUCUGUGGUUGUCAACAGAUGCCAAGGAGAGCAGGUGCCAGCAGGCGAAGACACAAUUUGGAGUUGGCCUGAGAUCUGGGGGAGAAAAUCACCUCCGGCUUCUUGAAGGAACCCCCUCUCUCCAGACAUGUUGGUUUGCCUGCUGCCAGGACUCUGCCUGCCAUGCUUUUUGGUGGUUAGAAGAGAUGUGCAUUCAGGCAGACUGCAGCAGGCCCCAGAGCUGCCAGGCUUUUAGGACAGACUCUUCCAAUUCUAUGCUGGUGUUUUUAAAAAAAUUCCAAAUUGCAGAUGACUUGGACUUUCUACCUGAAGAUGAUGUACCACAUAUUCUGGGGCUAGGUUGGAGCAGGGUAUCUUGGAGGAGGCAGAGCCCACCCAGAACUCCACUCAGACCUACCUUAUCUUCCAGUGACCAGCAGAGCUUCAUCAGGAAGCUUCGGAAGAGAGAGAGUCCCAGUGAAGAAGUAGCUACAGUGACACAGGCUUCUAAAAUGAAUGAGCAAGGUGAUCUGAAUACCACUAGCUCUGCAGAGGUCCACAACACAGAUACAAUUUCUAAUCCCUUAACCACAGCUCUGACUGCGAAGAUUCCUGGCUGGUCAAAUGUAUCAGUUCAACCUGAGGCAUCAGAGGACCCGGGUGCUACUCCUAGCAUUCAGCAAGUAAAAAUCCCUGGGAAAAUCACGAUUGCUACCCCUCUGCCAGUGGCUCCUUCCUACAGUUAUGCCACCCCUACCCCCCAGGCCUCUUUCCAGAGCACCUCAGCACCAUACCCAGUUAUAAAGGAGCUGGUGGUAUCUGCUGGAAACAGUGUCCAGAUUACCUUGCCUAAGAAUGAAGUUCAGUUAAAUGCAUAUGUUCUCCAAGAGCCAGAUGCAGGAGAAACCUACACCUACGACUGGCAGCUGAUUACUCAUCCUAAAGACUACAGUGGAGAAAUGGAAGGGAAACAUUCCCGGGUCCUCAAACUAUCCAAGCUCACUCCAGGCCUGUAUGAAUUCAAAGUGAUUGUAGAUGGUCAAAAUGCCCACGGGGAGGGCUAUGUGAAUGUGACAGUGAAACCAGAGCCCCGUAAGAAUCGGCCUCCUGUUGCCAUUGUGUCACCACAGUUCCAGGAGAUCUCUCUGCCAACCACUUCUACAGUCAUUGAUGGCAGCCAAAGCACGGAUGAUGAUAAGAUCGUCCAGUACCAUUGGGAAGAACUUAAGGGACCUCUGAGAGAAGAGAAGAUUUCUGAAGAUACAGCCAUAUUAAAACUAAGUAAGCUCGUCCCUGGGAACUACACUUUCAGCUUGACCGUAGUAGACUCUGAUGGAGCUACCGACUCUACCACUGCAAGCCUGACGGUGAACAAGGCUGUGGAUUACCCCCCUGUGGCCAAUGCAGGCCCCAACCAAGUGAUCACCCUGCCCCAAAACUCCAUCACCCUCUUUGGGAAUCAGAGCACUGAUGACCACGGCAUCACCAGCUACGAGUGGUCACUCAGCCCCAACAGCAAAGGGAAAGUGAUGGAGAUGCAGAAAUGGAUCUUGAUUAUCUCUGCACAUUUUCCUGUACUCACCUACCUUGGUGUUAGAACACCGACCCUGCAGCUCUCUGCCAUGCAAGAAGGAGACUAUACUUACCAACUCACAGUGACUGACACAAUAGGACAGCAGGCCACUGCUCAAGUGACUGUUAUUGUGCAGCCUGAAAACAACAAGCCUCCACAGGCAGAUGCAGGUCCAGAUAAAGAGCUGACUCUUCCCAUGGAUAGCACAACCCUGGAUGGCAGCAAAAGCUCAGAUGAUCAGAAAAUUAUCUCAUAUCUCUGGGAAAAAACACAGGGACCUGACGGGGUACAGCUUGAGAAUGCUAACAGCAGUGUCGCCACUGUGACUGGGCUGCAAGUGGGAACCUACGUGUUCACCUUGACCGUCAAGGAUGAGAGGAACCUGCAAAGCCAGAGCUCUGUGAAUGUCAUUGUCAAAGAAGAAAUGAACAAACCACCUAUAGCCAAGAUAACUGGGAAUGUGGUAAUUACCUUGCCCACAGACACGGCAGAGCUGGACGGCUCCAAGUCCUCAGAUGACAAGGGGAUAGUCAACUACCUCUGGACUCGAGACGAGGGGAGCCCAGCUGCAGGGGAGGUGUUAAACCACUCUGACCACCACCCUGUCCUCUUUCUUUCCAACCUGGUCGAGGGAACCUACACAUUUCACCUGAAAGUGACUGAUGCAAAGGGUGAGAGUGACACAGACCGGACCACUGUGGAGGUGAAACCUGAUCCCAGGAAAAACAACCUGGUGGAGAUCAUCUUGGAUGUCAACGUCAGUCAGCUAACUGAGAGGCUGAAGGGGAUGUUCAUCCGCCAGAUUGGGGUCCUCCUGGGGGUGCUGGAUUCCGACAUCAUUGUGCAAAAGAUUCAGCCGUACACGGAGCAGAGCACCAAGAUGGUAUUUUUUGUUCAAAAUGAGCCUCCUCACCAGAUCUUCAAAGGCCAUGAGGUGGCAGUGAUGCUCAAGAGUGAGCUGCGGAAGCAAAAGGCAGACUUUCUGAUAUUCAGAGCCCUGGAAAUCAAUACUGUCACAUGCCAGUUGAACUGUUCUGACCAUGGCCACUGUGAUUCAUUCACCAAACGCUGUAUCUGUGACCCAUUUUGGAUGGAGAAUUUCAUCAAGGUGCAGCUGAGGGAUGGAGAUAGCAACUGUGAGUGGAGCGUGUUAUAUGUUAUCAUUGCUUCCUUUGUCAUUGUUGUUGCCUUGGGAAUCCUCUCCUGGACUGUAAUCUGUUGUUGUAAGAGACAAAAAGGAAAACCUAAGAGGAAAAGCAAGUACAGGAUCCUGGAUGCCACGGAUCAGGAAAGCCUGGAACUGAAGCCAACCUCGCGAACAGGUGUCAAACAUAAAGGCCCAAUGCUGAGCAGCAGCCUGGUGCACUCGGAGUCGGAGCUGGACAGUGACGACGCCAUCUUCACAUGGCCAGACCGAGAGAAGGGCAAACUCCUGCAUGGGCAGAACGGCUCCGUGCCCAACGGGCAGACCCCGCUUAAGGCCAGGAGCCCGCGGGAGGAGAUCUUGUAGCCACCUGCUCUGUCUCCUCAGGUUAGGGGUUGGCAGUGCUAGGGUGCAGAGCAUUGCCAGGCUGGUUCUCAUACCUCCCAUGUCUGAGGGCAGCUGUUCUCCCAACGUCUGCUGGUCACUCCACCCUAAUACCCUCAACUAGAGCUGCUGGUACUUGAAUCCAGAGACAUUCUCCGGGAACCCCUGAAUGAAGCUGUGAAUGAAGAGGUUUUCUCUUUAAACCCAUCUGGUAGGUCCCACAAAAUGUCCUCACCUCAGGGCCUCCUUUUUUGGAACCCCUCCUCUGUUCCGAGGUUGGACACUGCCAGCUCCUGGCCUCCUCUCCAGCUCUUUGUUGGCAGGGUUGCUGCUUCCGGGGCAUCUGCACAGCGAGGCCUGGCUGUGUCCUCCACCCCUGGGUACAGGACCAAGCACCGCCAGCCCCCUGGCUCCAAAAGCCUGCCUGCAGGCACGUUCUUUGUUCUUGUCUUUGGGACGGAGUGCGCCCUCUCGCUAGGCUCAGAGGAAGUGGCGCCCCCUCCUUACCACUGCUGCUGGGCUAGGGGAGGGCUGGCUGUUUCAGGAAUGCAGAGGGGCCCCUCUGGCUGCUGGGCUGUUGUGUCAGAGUAGCCAGGCUGGACACAGACUGCCACCCCUCUUCCUCCUGACCACCCUGGCUGCUUCAGGGAUCAGGCCACCACUCCCUGUGUGCAAAGGUGAUAGCCACAGACAGACUGGAAUGUUAUGGCUUGAGAGUGCACGUGUGGGACUGCCCCACAGCAGUCUCUUCUGUGUCCGUCUGUCCAAGUGUCUUCUCUCUGUGUCCCUUGCGCGCGUGCGCGCGUGUGUGUGUGUGUGUGUGUGUGAGAGUGAGUGUGUGUGCAUCAACUCCUCCUAGGGCCUUUGGCUACUCAUAAGGCAACCUUGACCUGGAAAGACUUUCAGCUUCAUGGAACAGAGACUUCCUGAAUCCCUCCAGCCCUGUCACUGGUUCCUCAGCCAUGGUUUCUGGGUGUUGAGGAAUGGGAGCUUUGGGGGAGUGGCUUUUUAAAAAGAAACUUACAGUUUAUACUACUGCACUACAGUCUGUUGUGAGAUGAUUAAACAUGCUAUUUAAUUGUAUGUGUGCCUGCUGGGUGUGCUGCUUUGUGCUCCAUUGCUGGCCUGUACCACGGGUCCAGGCACCUGUAUGUCCCUGUGAUAUUAUGGCCUCUGGCAGGGAAGUCAUGGGCCUGGCAUCAGCAUGUGUGGUGCUGGGACCCUACGUCAGGGGCUGCUGAUGGAGGAGUCACUGCCCUGGCCCCUGCUGGCCAGCUGCUCCUUGUGGCUUUUAGGGAGGCGAGUUUUCUGUCCUUCCUUCAACCUUUUUUGAACACAAAAUUGAUGCAGGCACACACAAACACCACCAGCCCCUCUCACCUCUACCCUUACCCCAUGGACAAGCUGGGGAUACAGCGUGUG